UGACCAGUUCUAGACGGCGUGUGAGAAGCAUUUGAUAACCACUGAACAGGCUACCUGUUUCAUCAGAAGUCGGCAAUACAAUCCUCAAGAGGUCCCAAGGGUCCACGUUCAUCUACCUCCACUAGGCUCUGCGGGUACAAGCCAGUGGGUAUACAUCUCUACAAAUCUGUGAUAUGGUAGGCCUAACAUUAUCGGGAGCCACCCAUGCUUUUAACCUAGACUGACCUACACCGGUAUUGCAAAGACGCUUCAUUCGUUUGCUUGUGUUGAGAGUUAAGGAACAGCUACUGGCCUACUCGGAAUUCGCAGAAACGACAUCACGUCAUAAUAUUCCAGAUACAGUUUUCACCGUGGCUGCCACCAGAGAAAGCGAGUGCCAAGGACUGUCAAGAGGAUAUACAUUUAUUUCAAGAAAUAUUUGUGUGCCUUUACCUGAUCGUCUUUACUGCGCAACCUACUUUGACAUCAAGCAAGUACCUGGACACUUUUUAAAGUGCCACACAGGAUUUUGCACAGAGUUUUCCAGCACAUGAUGUACACAAUUACAAGGGGUCCCAGCAAACUUGUUACGCAGAGGAGAACAGGUCCAACACAACAGAUUGACAACAAAAUAAACGACUUCAAGCACAAACAAACAUCUUGGACAACGACAAGCUCCCCUGCUCCCAAGCUUGUGUUUAAUGGAUUAAACAAGAAGAAACUCCACACACAAACUACACCACAAGCUGAUGCACAACCUGAAGGAUUCACCCCCUCUCAUGAAGAGAACGUCAAGUUUGUGUAUGACGCCUGGCAGGAGGUGGAGCAGCAGUUGGGAGAUGCUGCGGCUGCUGGGGACCCAGGAGCAGGUCUGGGACCUGUGCAGUACUCAGAGAAGACUCCCAAUCCCCAGCUGAAGAAUUUUGUGCCCAUUGAUCUGGAAGAGUGGUGGGCUCAGCGUUUCCUAGCCAACAUUGCUAACCUGUCAUGAUUGGCUGAGAGAAGAGAUGGCCUAGAAGAACCCAGGGCGACUCCCUGAGUGUGGUGUAGGACGAAGGCUGAGCUCUUGUGAAGAAAGGAGGAGAGUCCUGCGCGACACAGAGGCAUGAAGGCCUUAGGAAAGAGUUCUAGGCCACCACUGGGACUAUUGCACAUUGCCACAUCUGAACUCUGACCCCUUUUAGCCUUUUGACUAGUCUCUCAACACUAACAGCUGUCCUUUCGGCCAGUCAGCAGGAGGGUUGAUGAAUGUUUUUUUUGUUUUGUUUUGUUUUCAAUUAUUAUUAUUUUGAAUCUUUGUCAACCCCACACUGUGCUGAGAUAAAAUGUCUGUAUUACUUUGAAAUGCAGUAAAUGUGUAUUUUCAAAA